AUACACAUGAUUUUAACAUUUAUAUUCUUGUACAGGAAGUGGUAUACCACGGAUUUGCCUUCAUUCUUUAUCUGGCAGCAAGUCUGACCUUCGUUAUCGAGAUUAACCACAGGAAACGUAAUUACUACAACGAUUAUGAGCCUUACUUUGCUGCUGCUGUUAUUGGUUUGGUGAUUUCCUUCCUCUACCUUCUAAGUACCAUCUUCGCUUUGAGGAGUUACAGAGGCCUAUAAGUUUUAGUUUAGUUACCGUUAUUUAUUAUUUAUUUCCCUUGCUAUGUAUUUACAUAGUUUUUUAUGCUGUUGUUAGGGGAUUUACCACUGCAUUUUACUACAACAGGCACUACCGAUUAGACUUUCCCCAAAUUUUACUUAUAUUCUUUUUUUGUUUGUUUUGUAAGUUUAUAGUUAUAUUUUAAAUGAGUACAGAAGACCUAGGGUUUAUUGACCAAUAAAUUUAAAAAAAUUGGAUUUAUAUAUACUGGAAAGACAUACUCAUAUAUCUACCAAAAAGUAAAUUUCGGAUGUAGAUGUAGAAGAUAUACGUAUAUUUUUAAAGUUAUUUUUAAGAUUAGAAGAUUAGGCGAAGAUGUAGGAGUAAACUGACAAAAUGCUGCCAUAAGUGUCUGUAUAACGUGCCUUAAGUGUUUGCCUAUAUUUUUUAUUACUUACUUACUGUCGGUCCAUUUAUAUUAACUCUUUGUGGAUUUUUUGUUAUUUUUAAUGUAGAUUUUAAUAAAUGUUUGUACUAUUUA